ACAGAGGGCAUAUCGCGAUCGAGAAUCACGUAAAACUGCGACAGCUUUCAGUAGUUUCAGUUCUCUCAGGCUUCUCUCUGGUCUUACAUCUGUUGUGUAUGUGUACUUGUAUUUCUAACCUCUUACUAUUGUCUUGUUCAUUAUUAUACGAGUAGAUAAUCAGUAUAAUCUAGACGAGAUGACUGAAGAAGCUACUGAAAUUGAUUGUAUACUACGACCGAUAAAUUGUGAAAUUAAUUUACUGUCACGAUCAGAUGGCUCCGUGAUGUUUAUGCAAGGUGACACUACAACUAUUGCGGGGAUAAACGGACCCUUGGAAGCACGAAGCCAAAAAAUGGCAUAUGAUAAGGUUUCUAUUGAAGUUACAUACACUCCUCUCAAAGGACCAGCGAAGGUGGACGACAGAUUAAUUGAGACAUAUAUAAAAGAGACUUGUGAAUCCGCUAUAUUAGUUUCGUUACAUCCUAACACCAUGGUGUGCAUUAAUCUGCAAGAGAUGCAAGACUCCGGCGGGCUACUAGCUUGUGCCAUUAAUGCGGCAUGUUUGGCGCUAAUUAACUCGGGACUUUCCAUGAAAUACACCGUCGCAGCAGUGAAUUGUAUGAUGGAAAAAGAAACGGGAGAAAUAAUCAUCAAUCCAGAUGGCUCGCAGUUAAAAAAUGCAAAAGCGGAAUUUACGUAUGCUUUUGACAGUAUUAACAAAGAUAUUGUAUGCUGUCAUAGCAUUGGCCGAUUUUCUCAAAGCGAGUUCUUGGCUUCUAUGGAUAAGUGUAGGCAAGUCAGUAAAUAUGUAUUCGAAUAUUAUAGAGAAGUGAUAAAAAAGUAUGCAAAUGUAAUAUAACAUAUUACAAUAUAUUGUUUUCGAAUAAAUAUUUUUUACUUCACAAUCUUCUGAAUUAAUGGGAAUUUUUACGUACAACUUGACCAUACUGAGAUAUUAAAGAUCAU